CACACCAGUAGACCAACGUGACUGACGUAUAGGCCUGCAACAGUGUACUGUACGCAGUAGCAGUGUAGCACAACCUCACGCAUCUUUCGUGUACCCGGUCUCUGUACCAUUCGGAAUCCCUCUAGUCUCUGCUCACUGCUCACAUCACAUCACCAGUACAGUCGGGACACCGCGAUGUCGCUCCGGCGCCUCCUCGGUCUCUCCGCCGCCGUCACCGGCGGCCUACGCCGCUCCCUCUCCACGGGCGCCGCCUCCCGUCCUCCCUGGGUCUUGUUCGAGCAGGCGUCAGCGGCCGCCGGGUCGGCACCGGGCGCGUGCGUGCGCAUCGUCGAGCCUCCGCGACUCUCCGACCUCACCGUCCCGGCGGCCCUCGUCGACACCAGCGACGUGCCCGACCCCGACAGCGACAUCAUGCAGGUCCUCCCCUGCGGCGUGUGCUCCGCGAGCGGCGACGGUCUCCUCCUCCUCAUCGUCCACGACAGCCGCUUCACGGCCCCCAUCCGCGCCAAGCAGGGCGCCAACCACGUGCGCACCAUAACCGGCUACGACCACCGCCACUGCCCAGACACCACGCGUUUCCUCUGCAACCCUCUCACCGGCCAGCUCGCCCGCCUCCCGGUCAUCGAUGGCAGGAGGAAGCUCCUCUGCGGCCCGCACAUGGGCGUCCUCACCCAGGCCGACGGCGGCGGGGACGGGCCUCCCGACAGGCUCGCCGUCGCCGAGCUGCAGACCAACAGGUUGCUCCGCUUUCUCUCGGAUACGGGCGAGUGGGACGUGCCGCACACCGCGCCGUACCAGCUCCCGCUCGGGCGGCGGUUCUACUCGGAGGAGGGCGAUUUUGACCAGGAGGCCUUCGCCUUCGCCGGCCGGCUUUGGUGGAUGGACCUCACCUGGGGCGCCAUCUCGGCGGACCCGUUCAGCGACAGGCCGGAGGUCCAGUGGGUCGAGCUGCCCAGGGGCAGCGUGAUGCCUGAACGACCCGUGCCGGCCGAGAGCGCGCUGCUUGGCUUGGAGGGCGCAGAGGCCGCGUGGAAGUACGCGCUGAGCAGGUACCGACGCAUGGGGGUCAGCGAGGGAAAGCUGCGGUACGUCGAGGUGUCGGAUCGGGAGCCGUUCGUGCUCAGCUCCUUCGCUCUAGGCGACGACGGCUGGACGCUGGAGCACCGCGUGGCGCUCAGCCGCCUCUGGGCUGACGACGGAGAUCACCCCUGGCUGCCCUUGCCGGAGAAGACCACGCCGCAAAUCGGCGCUCUCGACCCGCUCAACGGCAAUGUCAUCUACCUGAUGGUCGGCAGGCAUAGCGUUGGCGUGGACAUGGGCAGGGAGGAGGUGAUUGGGAGUGCUCUGCACAGAGGCACUGGGUGCUGUGUGCCAUGCGUGCUUCCACCCUGGCUUGAAUCGACCCGGAUCCCUGCUCCCGCAGGCAAGAAGGUUGUCGAGGAAAACAAGAAGUUGGCAGAUGUUCUGGUUCGCUCGGGCGGAAACCACGUGAAAUGAAGCAUACCAAGUUACCAGUUGAUGUAUCUCCGGGUUCCUUAAAUCUAACAAUCAAGUAGUAGCUGAUGGUGGCAGUUUUCCGGACACCCAUUUUGUGGGAAAGCUAGAAAAGUUCAGAGUUCUGGGAGUUUGCUCAUGAACUACUCUUUUUCAGAAAUCUGGAAGUUGGUUUGGACUUUAAGUUCAUACUAGACAUUCUAGUAGAAUCACUCAACUGAAUCAAUAUGCUUUUUGGUUGCAAGGCAGUACGUUCAUGUUUUUGUACCACCUCGUGAGUGAUUUUGAUUAAGGACCUCCUCUGUUUACCCAUCCCUACGGUAUGAGUGAGAGAUGUGACGAAGUAA